AUGCCCAAAGUAUUCUUCCCCGAGAAGGCAUCCAAGAUCACUAGCGCAUUCCCAAAUAUAACUACUGUGAUCGGUGACCUUGAUUCCGUGGAGCUUUUGGAAACUCAGGCAGCGAAUGCUGACAUUGUGAUUCACACCGCAAUUUGUGACGAACCAGGCUACGCCCACGCAGUUAUUCGCGGUCUUGAGAAGCGUGGAGGCGGAUAUUUCAUCCACACCAGCGGCACCGCCCUUCUGUUCGAUGAGCCAAGUGGAAACGUCUUGAGCGAAAAGAUAUGGGACGACAUCAAGGACCUCAAGCAGCUAACAUCGCUUCCUGAAACAGCGAUUCACAGGCCUGUUGAGAAGGUAACUACAUAUAGUUCUCGCCGCGCCCCACCUUCAGUCCACACCGCUAUAAUCUCCCCCGGUAAAAUCUACGGCUUCGGCACCGGCCCCGAUAAACUCACCACCACAUUCUUCAAAGACGCCCUCGUCGCCGCGGGUGUCGGCUUCAAGAUAGGUGCCGGUAUCAACACCAACUCCACAGUCCACAUUCAAGACCUAGCACGCCUCUACACCAUUAUCGUCGGGGAGGCCCUGAAGCCCAAUGGUGGUGCAGCUCAGUGGGAUGCGGAAGGAUACUACUUUGGUGUGAGCGACGAUGAGAUUUCAGUAGCGGACCACGUCAGUCUGCAAACAAAGAAACUGGCAGCAAGUGGAGUGCUUAGCAGUGAUAAGAUGGAGGUUUGGCCGGCGGAGAAGGUGGUGGAGUUGCAUCCCUUCUUUCCAGCCGUGUUUGGGAGCAAUGCAAGAGCGAGGGCAAGCAGAGGAAAGGCAUUGGGAUGGAAAACUGUUGAGAAGCGGUUGGAGGAGUGGUUGAGCGAGGAGGACGCUUAG